AUGUCGCACACCCAGCCAUCCCCAACCGCGGGGCCGGCGCAGCAUCAUCCGGGCGUGAUGGUGGCGCAUCCCCCAGUCAAUGGACACAUGCCCCCCGCUGCGAUUCCCGCGCAAGGCCAAAAGGGAGUUCCCUUGACGACGCCUCAGAAAAUCGCCGCUCUGAACGAGCAAGUGUGGCUUCAAAUUGGUAGUCUCACUGAAUUGAUGGGUGAUCUUGAUGGCGCGAUGAAUGCAUACGAACAAGCGCUUCGUCACAAUCAAUGGUCUAUCCCGGCCAUGAACGCAAUCUCAUGCAUUCUCCGCACCAAGGAACAGUUCCCCAAAGCUAUUGAAUACUUGCAAAACAUUCUCAAGCUUGACCCUACGAGCGGUGAGACCUGGGGUAGCCUCGGCCACUGUCACCUCAUGAUGGAUAACCUACAAGAGGCGUACACCUCUUAUCAGCAGGCAUUGUACCAUCUGCGCGAUCCCAAGCCCAAACUGUGGUACGGUAUUGGCAUCCUUUACGAUCGCUACGGGUCCUUGGACCACGCCGAAGAGGCCUUCUCACAGGUCAUGCGCAUGGCGCCCGAGUUCGAGAAGGCCAAUGAGAUCUACUUCCGCCUUGGUAUAAUAUACAAGCAGCAGCAGAAAUUCAGCCAGAGUCUCGACGUAACUGCGUAUCGUCGUGUCCUGGAACGUGACCCAAACCAUGCCAAGGUCCUUCAACAGCUUGGCUGGCUGUAUCACCAGCAAAGCAACAGCUACGAGAGCCAAGAGAGGGCUAUUGAGUACCUGGAGAAGUCUGUCAGUGCUGACAACAACGACGCCCAAAGCUGGUAUCUUCUCGGUCGGUGCUACAUGUCGCAGGCAAAGUAUCCCAAGGCGUAUGAAGCCUAUCAGCAGGCCGUCUAUCGCGACGGUCGCAAUCCUACAUUUUGGUGCUCUAUCGGCGUGCUCUACUACCAAAUCAACCAGUACCGUGACGCCCUUGACGCAUACUCUCGUGCAAUCCGACUGAACCCCUACAUCUCGGAGGUCUGGUAUGACCUCGGUACCCUCUACGAGUCGUGCAACAAUCAGAUCGCAGAUGCUUUGGAUGCCUACGGCCGGGCCGCCGACCUUGAUCCGACCAAUGUUCACAUCAAGGCACGUCUGCAGCUCCUGCAAAGCCAGCUGUCGGGUUCGGCCCAGCAGAAUAACGCUCCAGCUCCGCAGCCACAGGACGUUCACCCUCAGGCCUAUCAAGCACCAGGCGUGGGAGCUCCUCCCGCUCCUCAAUGGGGUGGUCCAGCACCCGCUGCUGCCCCGGCGCCAGUCGGUCCUCCUCCCCAAGCCCCCGCCCCUCCACGUCAGAUUGACUGGAGUCGUGGUGCCAGCGACUUGCACCCUCAGCAAGCUCCUCCACUCGCUGCCGGCAAUGGUGUUGAUCAGCGCGAAGCCAUGCGUGGUCCUGGUGUCUCCCAAGCCAGCCCUCGCCAGGAUCCUGGCCGAGCAUUCCCAGACCCAUCUCGCCCCGGGGCGUCUACUCGCUCGCCCAAGAUGGCCGGCUCUGGUGCUUACCCUCCUCAUCAUACUCUGCCACAAUUGGGAAACGGCCCGGCUCCCACCCAUGAGCGGGGUCCUAGUGGCGGCAAUCCUCCAUUCGGGUCUGCCGGUCGUGGACACUUGCCACCUGCACCUGUUGGGGCUCCCGCCCCUGGCCCCAAUGCUGGUGUGGCUCCUGGUGCUCCCGCCCCUCCUUACGCACACCGUCCAUUUACUCCUCCCACCGAAAUUCGCCCGAUUCGCGACGAGCGGCCUUCUUCCCCGGGCGCGGGAUAUCCUCACCAGCAGUAUCACCACGGUCCCCUGGCCCCUGCUCCCCCCGGCGCUCCUACUGGCAUCGCGACAGGCGCGCCCCCUCCUGCGUCCGCGUCGAACGCUGCUGAUGCUGCCGCCCGUGAUCGGGUAGAUGACCGUCCUCCGUCUGCUAUGAAGCGUGGUCGUGAGUGGGAGAGUGAGGCUGGUCCCAUCAAGAAGCAAGCCAGCGAUGAGACACGAGCCCGCCUCGAUGACCAGAACAGUCGCCGCCCCAGUCCUCCGGCCCGUUUGCCUUCUCCUGGGCAAAUGCAGCGCCGCAGUUCCUCCGAGGCUCGUCGCGAAGACACUCGCCGUGCUAAUGAUAACUACCACCCCUCGGAGGCGGCUCACCACCCCCCUACGUUGCCUUCCAUUCAAAGCAUGCCUCCUCACGCAGCUGGUGGUCCAGGACUUCCUCCCAUGGCAGAGGGCACUGCACCUCCCCCAUCCGCAUCCAAUGGUCCUCCUCCUUCAGCUCCACCUGCUGCUCGCACGCCUGUCAAGGAGGAAGCUCCUCGUCCCGAAGCGCCUGCGUCCCACGAGCCUGCUGCGCGAAAGAUGGAUGUUGAUGAGGACUAUGAUGAUGAUGGCGAUGAUGAAAAGAAGGUCGGCGGUGUGGCUAAGGCGAGCCCUAACGGCAGCGCUGCCGGCGCCGGUCCCAACGUGAUGGGUAAUGGUCGGCAGGGCACUCCCUCCAAGACCGAGACUGCCUAA